AUGGUGGGCAAGAAGUCGGGCAAGGCCCUUCGCGAUGAGGGCCUGGAGCGAACAGACAACAAUAUGGACCUCUCAAGCUGGCCGCAAGUUGCCGCAAUCAACCAGAAGAACUACUAUACUGAUUACCUCAAGAGGGACGAUCAGUACCUCGCGUUCCGACUAGCAAACGAAGAGGCGAGGAUCAAGAUGACCAAGAGCGCCAAAGACCGCGAUCGCGCUCGUGCAAUGGACAAGUCGAACGAAGAAGCGGACGCAGAGGCAGAAGCAGAAGCCGACGCCGAUGCCAACGAGGACGAUGAGGAGGAGGAGGAGACUAGCACCGAGACCGCCGGCUCGAAAGUCAUUGUCAUUCAUGUUGGCAGCCAAAAUUUGCGAAUCGGCCUCUCAAGCGAUGCGUUACCGAAGACCAUGCCGAUGGUGAUCGCAAGGAUAUCAAGUACCAACGAAAGUGAUGACCGAGAAGAGCCGAAACCGAAGAGGUUCAAGCGGGAUGACGGCACUGACGAAGACCCAGAGAGGGUCUUUGGACCAGAGUGGUCCUCUCAAUACACCAAGAUGUCCGCGGAGCUCAAGGUCCGAAUGAAGGCGAACAAGCGACGUAUGUUGCCCAACCCAAAAGAGGGUGUGAUCAACUUCAACCGCAAGCAGACACCAGAGAUUAUCUCAGAACACAAUGACCCCGAGCGGGUUGAAUGGACAGAGCUUGAGACUCCUCCGCCAGAGUACAUUAUCGGGCAACCAGCCUUGAGGGUCCCGGAUGCCUCGAAGCCUUGUUACAAGCUCUUCUGGCCUAUUCAGAAUGGAUGGUGCAAUGAGAGGGACUACACAAGCAAACGGAUGUUGUUCCUUGACAUCUCCUUGAUUCUAGAAGAGGCGAUUAAAACGCAGCUGGGUCUCAAAAGCAAAAAGGACUGGCCCCAAUACUCCUGUGUCUUUGUGAUUCCGGAUCUAUACGAGAAGUCUUAUGUGACGCAGGUGCUAGAGAUAUUGAUGCGGGAGUUCUCGUUUGCCCGAGUAUGCUUUAUACAAGAGAGUCUGGCGGCUACUUUUGGUGCCGGCUUCACCUCUGCCUGUGUUGUCGACAUUGGCGCCCAGAAGACAUCGAUCUGCUGCGUCGAGGAAGGUAUGUGCAUCGAGAACUCACGGGUGAACCUGAAAAUGGGCGGAAAUGAUGUGACCGAGACCUUCAUCAAGAUGAUGCUGCAUGACCAUUUCCCAUAUGCAGAUAUCAACCUCUGGCGCAGAUACGAUUAUCUGCUGGCUGAGGACUUGAAGAAGAAUAUCUGUACUAUGGACGAGGCCAAAGUCUCCCCGCAGGCAUUCGACUUGCACCUUCGCGUGUCAGGCCAGGAUACCGAAAAGCACAAUUUCAAGGUAUUUGACGAGGGUCAUCUGGCCCCCAUGGGCUUCUUUGAGCCGACCAUCUUCGACAACUCUCAGAAGCUUGAAGGACGACGGAAGUUGAUCGAGAGGUCCGUCGAUAUAUACGACGGUCAACCCAAUGAUCCCACGUCGGCAGCCCAGUCCGAGAUCAUGACUGCUCUGGCUCCCCCACUUCCUUCUAACGGCAAGGUUAACGGAGAGUCGCAAAACACAACAUCCGACGUACAUGCAACCCCCAGUCGCCCUCAGCAGCCAAGUGCGCUGGGCCGGAUCCAGGAACAAGACGCCACCCCUCGAUCUUCUGUUGCGGGGUCCCCUGCACCUGAAACUGCGGGGACACCCCAAGCAGGCGGAGCCGGUACACCGGCUGUCACUGCACCGACAUCUCAGCCUGCUCGUCCAGCUGUCGAGUAUCGUGACGACAUCUUGCCUGUUUUCCCCUUGGACAAUGCUAUCUUGACCUCCAUCGCUCAUGCUGCUCGUUCAGACGAGAAAAAGAUGCGCGACUUCAUUGGUGGUAUCAUGGUGGUCGGAGGUGGCAGUCUCACUAGCGAACUGCAUGCGUUCCUUGAAGCACGAUUGAAAGCUCUUCGCCCUGGUUUUUUGAAGGAGAUCAUGAUCGGCGUGCCACCGCGAGACCUCGAUGCCCAAGUGGUUGUCUGGAAGGGUGCCAGUAUUUUUGGAAAAUUAAGUGGCACCAACGACAGCUGGAUCGGACAACUGGAAUAUGACCGAUUGGGUCAUCGUUUGAUGGCAUACAAGUGCAUGUGGGCCUACUAA